CUAACUUUUAACACUAGACAACUAGUGCUCCUCACACCCCCCUCUUACUAUAACAUGAUAAACCGCAUCAAUAUAUUACGUCAACAGAAAAAUAAUGCAUACAAUUUAGUAAAUUGCUGGGUUAGUUUGUUUUUAGUUAGCUGAUAAUAUCCGGGUUCAGAAUUUUUAGGUUUUUUAUGCAAGUAAUAUCAGCUUAAACUGUGCAUGCCUAUACUGUUGGAUCAUUGAGCCGGAGCUGCUUCUAGGACAUGAACGGAUAAUCGGAUUUAAGGGUUUGAUGGAAAAUCAAAUUUAGAAAGGCUAAAAAUUCGACAAAUCGAGAUAGACGCUACGGAAUAUUGCGUAAUCCAGACAGAUUUUUUGGUGAUUAUUUUACAACGUGAUGCUGUGCAAUGCCAACUAUUAUGCACCCUACUCCGAGCCAAAUAGCGACCAUCGGCCAGACUACAAAAAGAGUGGCACUGCCAGCCUACUCCGCUAUCGACAACUCGCAAGCACACUAUCAUUUUCUAGAUUCAUGGCUCAACAAAGGACUUGUCGAUUCCACCGGCAAUCCAGGCUCGCGCGUGGACACCGAGCUAGCUACUUUUGCCGCCGGCUGCUUCUGGAGGGUGCUGCAGACACAAGUUGGCUACACUGGAGGCCGCGACAGGGAGACUACCUACGAGGAGGUCUGCUCGGGCGUCACCGGGCAUGCUGAGGUGGUGCGCCUUGAGUUCGACCCCAAGGUCAUUUCCUACGAAACGCUAUUGAAGGCUUUUUGGAACAAGCACAACCCAACCCAGGGCAGCAGGCAAGGCGGCGACAUUGGGUCGCAGUACCGGUCGGCGGUCUUCUACCAUAACGAGAAGCAGAAGGAGCUCGCGGAGGCUAGCAGGAUUGAAAGGCAGAAGCAGUAUGAGCAGCCCAUCACUACGGAGAUUAAGCUCGCGGGCGCGUUCUACCCGCCGAGGCCAGUGCGCGCCAAGGGCUGCAAUGAUGAUAUCCGUUGCUACGGCUAAAUAGUGUUUAAUGACUAUUUUUGCUUAAUAAUAGAAAGCAGAUAAUAAAAACAUUUCUAACUAUAGAUGACCACUCUGUCCGCCGAGGGACACGCGUCAAUCUCGUUGAGCGGUACUGCG